AUGAAUUCAACCGAUAUUAACUUUCCUGUUCCAAAAGUUAACGACGUCUGUACUAAUGGAAGUGUCCUAAUAUCAGAAAAAUCGAACGGAUUACCUCCAAAGCCGACGAGUGCGCGGGAUGUGGAGAUGGUCAGACUCAUAGGACAGUAUCUAUGCGAUAAAGGAUAUAGUUCGUCCUAUAUGCAGUUGGCAAAAGAUUCUGGGAUUACAUUAGAGCCGCAGGCGGCUACUGAAUUACGGUCCGCCAUUCUUGCAGGAAAAUGGGAUGAUGUAAGUCCUACUUUGCUUGAUUUUCCUAGCCCCCGAGAGUUAAAAAUUGACCACGAAAGUCUGCAAAGAGUCCGGUCGUUUUCCUGA